AGUUACUAAAAUCUAGAAAAAAAAAUGAGCAGCACUUAGUAAUAAAACGUUAAAAAAAAACCUCUCUUCAAAAAAAAAAAACACAUCAAAAAACCAUCAGCCAGCACUUAGUUCAGAAUCCUCUCUAUUGGAAAAGAAAAGCUUUUUUAAGAAAAAAAACUUUUUAAGCUCUUAACACCUAACACCCCCCCCCUACAACAACGUUUUGUCUAAAAACUGUGACCUAAUGACUAUGGCCGAAGGUACUGACCCCAUGGGGCAUCAUGCGACAUCUCAUCAUCAUCACCACCAACAGCAUCAGCAACAUCUGCAGCAGCAACAAAAUCAUUAUCAACAAGCCCAACAUUUGGCCCAUCAACAGCAGCAACAGCAGUCACACCAUUAUCCACCCUACACACACCUGCCCUAUGGUUUGCCCCAUAAUUUGGCCUUGACUCUGCAGCAACAAGCGGCGGCAGCAGCAGCUGUUGCAGCCUCAGCGGCCGUCCAAGCCAAUGAGCAUAAUAACAAUAAUUUAACAGCGGAACAUGUUAGAGAGAACAACAACAACAACAACAAUAAUACAACAAAUAUGCCCUGGAAGCAGAGGAAACGUAAACGUCUAUCGGCGGUUUUAGAUAAACUACACAACAACAGCGCAAAUCAUACCAUGGAGGUGGAUACCGAAGAUCAGGAUUCUGAGAAAUCCAGUCUGGCAAAAGAGGCUAAUAAUAAUAACAAUGAAAGUAAGUCCUCCUCUUCUACUAAACGCUCUAGUUAUAGUGGUGAUGAAGAGGCUGAUUCGGUGGAGGAAAUGUCUAUUGGAGAUAAUGAUGAAAGUCCUAGAAUAAGCCUAAGUCCUGUUAAUCAUAAUAACAACAACAAUAAUAAUAAUAACAACAACAAUAUAAUGGAUACUACAUUACCUGCGGCGAAAUUCAUUAAAACUGAAGAACCUCAAAAUCCCCUGACAGUAGACAUCAAGACUGAGUCACAUAUGUCAAGUCCCUAUGAUCGUUAUUUUCCCAUACCCUCUCCUUUGUUUGGUUACUAUUUGCACACCAAAUAUCUCAAUGAAGUAUUUCGACGGAGACAAGAUCUCUAUACCUCGCCAAUGCAACAUACACCCUCCUCUAUAGCCUCAUCACAAAUGGAUGAAACGUCACCGAAUGCCAAGGAAAUGAAAGAGUUAAAAAUGGAAAGAUCUCAUCAGGGUGAAUUUACGGCAACAGCUGCCAGCAUGUCACCGCCUCAUAGUGUGGCCAUGGCUUUACCCUCACCGCCACGCAGUGAGACCUCUAUAAGUGAGACUAUGUCGGCUAAUACCUCGGAUCCCAAUAUAAUGCCACCACCUCAGGAUAGACCUUUGGAUUUAUCGGUGCGUAGUGGUGGUAAUACACCCACAGGAGAGUUGAUGACACAAACUGCCGGUGGAGGAGGAGCUGCUGGUGGUAGCUGUAAUCCUGCUAAGAAGUAUAAGUCUACAUCACCCUUGCCAGCCACCACCAUGAUGUUGCCGCCCAGCCAACAACCGAUCUCAGCUUCGUUGUCGCCCAGCAGUUGUAACAAUAGUUCGUCUACUGGUGUGUCUACUACUACCACCACCAUAUCUUCAGCUCCUGUUUCUCCCUAUGGCGGGCAAAUGUCUCAUGCCGUGGCGGCAGCUCAUGCUCAUGCUGCUGCUGCAGCAGCGGCUGCCAUGAUUAAAAUGGAAAUGCCCAUGCAUCCUUUGCAUCCUCAUGCUCCCACUACCACAGUAGGAGUGCCGGUCAUUAAGGGAGAUGUGGCCUCACCCACCACUAAGGAAUCUGUAGCCUGGCGUUAUAAUUUAGAUGUUUCGCCGGUGGUAGAGGAAAUGCCUCCCGGUUCAGAUGUGGCCUAUGUUUGCCCCGUUUGUGGUCAAAUGUUUUCUUUGCACGAUCGUUUGGCCAAACACAUGGCUUCCCGGCACAAAUCACGCAAUCCCUCUAACGAUAUAGCCAAAGCUUAUUCAUGUGAAGUGUGCAAUCGUUCGUUUGCUCGUUCGGAUAUGCUAACACGUCACAUGCGUCUGCAUACUGGAGUUAAACCCUACACCUGCAAAGUUUGCGGUCAAGUAUUUUCACGUUCUGAUCAUUUAUCCACCCAUCAACGUACUCACACCGGAGAGAAACCCUACAAAUGUCCCCAGUGUCCCUAUGCAGCCUGUAGGCGUGACAUGAUCACCCGUCACAUGCGCACCCAUACACGCUACGAGUCUCAACAGCAAAGACAACAACAACAACAAGGAGCAGCAGGCGGACAUCAAGAGAAUAAACCUACUCUACCCAUAUUGGCCGAUAUGAAAAUGAAUAUACCCAUGCUGUUGAAAUCGGAGGAUUAUACUCGUAAUUCUCCCUUGAAUCAUACAAUUGGUGCUUCAAUGCCGAUCGUAGUGAAAACAGAGAGUGCCUAGUUAAGCGCUCACAGCUUAUGGUAUGUUAACUCUCACAGCUUUCCGUUUAAAGAAAGCUUUUACUCUUUGAAAUGAUAUUAAAUUAGAAAACCUAAAAACUGAGAUUAAUUUAGAAACUCUCUUUAAUAGAAAAGCAGCCUAAAACUUGCCACUUUAGUUAAAUUUUAAAACUUUAUAAAACAAAAGUUUAUGACAAAAGAUUUAAAAAAAGACAUUAUUUUAAACACAAAAAGGAGAAGAGUAGCUUUUUAAGUUUUAUAUAGUUUAUAAGUUUUUUUUUUAUAUAAAUAUUAAUUACAAAACUAAUUUAAUUUAACACAACAAAUUUAGCAAGACAAAUUAAUUGAUAAUCUCUCUGCCAAGACUGAGUCUAAGUUUAAAAAAAUUACUAACCCUUUAAAUGCAAACAAACAAACAAACAAACAAACCCACAAAACUAAAACAGUUUAGCAAAAGCUUUUAACAGAAAGCUUUUACUUAUUUUAAACACAAAAAAAGUAGUAAAAUUGUUGUUAAAGCUUUUUGUUUUAUAAGUAUUUUGCUCAUAAAUUAAACAAUUUACUUUUUUGCAUAGUAUUAAUUUGUUUUUAUAUAAACAUAAAUAAAAACUACUAAAGCAUUUGUUAGUUAAUAGUUGUAUUAUUUUUUAAGUUAAUUAUACUAUUUUUUUUUUAAUUAUUAUUACCAUUAAUUGUUAAUUUUAUUAUAACUUUAUAUUUUUUUAAUUAUUUAAAACAAAAACUAAAGCAAAACAAACAAACCAAUCAACAAAUCAUAUUUUUAAAAAUUUUAUAUUAAUUUUAAUAAUUUAUUUAUUUUUUUUAUAUAAAAUAAUUAUAAUUAAACCAAGAAUUCUCCCUAGGGCUCAAAAUUGUUAUAAAACUUUUCAGCAAAUUUAAAAAAUUUUCUUUUUUUUUUCAAAAAAAAAAUUUCCUUGUUUUUUAAAAAUUUCUAAAAUUUUUUUGUUUUUUCAUAAUUAUUAUUUUUUUUAAUUGUUUUUUUUAGUUAAAUUUUUUAUUUCAUUAAAUGAAUUAAAUUUUUUUGUUUUUUUUUUUUCUUAAUUUUCUGUUGUAACUUUUUUGCAAAUUUUUUUAAAAAAUUUAAAAAUUGUAUUUUAUUUGUACCCAUUCCAUGCUAAAAAAUAAAUUGUUAAUUUUGUAUUUUUUUUCUAAAUAAUUCUCUCAUUAUGUAGUUUUAGUUUAAUUGUUUCAAUUAACAAUUGUUACUGUUACACUCUGCUAAAAGUUAAAUCUUAAACCCUAAACCUGUUAUAUUCCUAUUAUUAAAUUUUUUUAAUUAUUAAUAAUAAUUACUUCUAUUACAUUUUUUUUUAAAUUUGCUUUUAUUGUUCUUAAUUUAAGCUGUUAUUUAUUCUCUUUCCCUGUUUAUUACUCUUUAUUAUCACUCUUUACACGUUUUUUUGCCAAACCGAAGGACCAUUUAGUUUGAUUUAUUUUCUAUUUAAGUUAUUGUCUUUGUGAACAUGAAUUUUAUUAUUAAAUAUUUAAUUUUUAAUUAUUUAUAUUAAUUGGUUAUGAUUAGUUUGUAAUUUUUUUAUUAUAAUUAUUUUUUAAU